AUGGAGAUAAAAACAGAUGACGUUUACAAAGAUAUCAAGAACAGUAAGGUAAAAGAUCACACAGAACAAUUUGACUUUAGUAAUUAUAAGGAAGAUCACCAUAGCGGAUUAGAUCCUUUUAAUAAACAUAAACAUAAAGAGAAAAACAAUAAAAACCCAGGAUUAUUUAAGGACGAAAUGGAAGGUCAAAUCAUGGACAGCUGUGCACUAUGCGCAAAAACUGCACUGUGCACUUUCCUAACAGAAUGUGGAGAUGAGGAAAAGAAAGCAAAAGGUGUAAGCACAGUUAAUAGAAUGAGAUGGUUAGGCUAGCCAGACCACGUGACAAAUAUGUUAUUGUUCUCUUUUUAUUCGUGUCAUGUGACGAGAUAGUGGGACGCUUCGCGAGGAGUGUAAUAGAAAAUAUAUUGACGACAAGCCUUUUGUGUUGUAUCAAGUUACAUAUUUUUGAUUGAACAACCGUAUUUGAUUAAAACCCUAAAGUUUUGGAUAAUCUGAUCCUAUUCACGUCUUUAAAUAAUACUUUGGACUGGUUUUGAGAUAUUAGCACGCUGUGCAAGGUGUUGACAGAAAUGUAUACUGUUUGUAUCAAAAAAUCUUCCUGGUCUCCCCCAGAAGACCAAUAUGGGUCCCUUGAACUAUUCAUUCGACAAUGUCGACAUGAUAUAGAACAACUCCCCAAAUUUAGGCCCAAAAGGCCAUCCAACCUCACUGACAUGCUCGUAAUGACAUUGUUAUCAAACCUGCUGAUAAGGGUGGUGCCUUAGUUGUUUGGAGAGCUGAUUUAUACCAUAAUGAAGCCCACCGACAAUUGGCUGAUGCCACUUUCUACAGGAGGGUUGACAAGGAUUUGACUUCCAUUCAUCAAACCACCAUCACCCAGACCAUUCAUAAAUUUAUCAACACUGGUGAUCUCCCUGAGACUGCCAAAAACCUCAUACACAUCACACCUCGCACACCUGUCAUAUACUUCUUGCCCAAAAUUCACAAACCUGACAACCCAGGUAGACCUAUUGUAUCUGCUUGUGGUUGUCCCACCGAACUCAUCUCCAGUUUUCUCGAACGUGUCAUGGCACCCUUGGUUAAGGACUUACCAUCCUAUAUCAAGGAUACCAAGCAUGCUCUUCAAAUUCUCCAGAACAUUCAUUUUCAUGGCACUCAUAAAUUCAUUUUCACCAUGGACGUCAAAUCCUUAUAUACUGUAAGUCCGCAUCAUGAUGGUUUGAGGGCCCUCAAAUUCUUUCUAGAUAAACGCCCUAACCAGGAACCGGCCACUUCUGUUUUGGUCCGAUUGGCUGAGUUGGUGCUUACCCUCAACAAUUUUUCCUUUGAUGGUGAGCACUACCAACAGAUAAAUGGUGUAGCAAUGGGAACUAAAAUGCGACCCAACUAUGCUAAUUUGUUUGUUGGUUUUGUGGAAAAACAAAUCUUCGAACAGUACACUGAUCCCAUCCCUGAUUACCUUGGUAGGUACAUAGAUGACUGUCUUGGCACAGCAUCAUGUUCUCGUGUUGAAUUGGAAUGCUUUAUCAACUUUGUUAAUAAUUUUCAUCCAGCACUCCAGUUCACAUGGGAGAUCAGUGAGACCAGUGCAUCAUUCUUAGAUAUCCUUGUAUCAAUCAAUGGUAACAAAUUAUCUACUGUGUUCUACAAGCCCACUGACUCCCAUAGCUAUCUUCUAUUUUCCUCUUCCCACCCCAACCACACCAAAAGGUCGAUUCCCUUUUCUCAGUUCCCUCGUCUUUGCCGCAUCUGCAGUGAAAACGAAGAUUUUCAGGCCAAAAGUCUGGAGAUGAGACAAUUUUUUGUCCAGCGUGGUUAUCCUACCUCUCUAUUAGACACUGCCUUUUCGAAGGCCUCCCAAAUUCCCCGUUCUGACAACCUCACAGACCCUGUGUCUAAUGUCACAGGCAACAACAAAAUCCCCCUAGUAUUAAACUAUCAUCCUUUCAAUUUCAAAGUUAGAGAUGUCAUCAACAAGAAUUUCCAUAUUUUGAAAAACAACCCUGAAACAUCUUCCAUUUUCUCCGAUAACCCCUUAGUCUCUUUUCGACACAGCAAAAAUAUCUGUGAAAGCCGUGUCCAUAGCUCCCUAACACAGGCUUCGACGUCACAGAAAGGCACUUUUCCUUGCCUGUCGUCGAAAUGUAAAACCUGUGAUUUUAUAGAUUCCACCACUAUUGUUUCGGCACCUAAAUCUGAUUUUCACAUCAAGCACCAUUUCACGUGCGCCUCCUCCCAUCUCAUCUACUGCAUCUCUUGCAGCAGAUGUGGCAUGCUUUACAUUGGGGAAACUGGAAGAUGUUUAAGGACAAGGUUUGGCGAGCAUCGGCGUGCAGUUAUUGGCAAUGAUGCUAACCAACCUGUUGCCAGACAUUUUAAUGAUGGCAAUCACAGUGUUUCAGAUAUGUUAAUUCGAGCCCUCUGUCCCAUUUCUGGAAGCAAUGAUAGCCGCAAACGACAUGAAAUGUGCCUCAUAUCCAAACUUGGCACUGUUCACCCUUCUGGCAUUAAUGAACGCUUUUCUAAUGUUUAAUGCCAUCAUAGACAAUCCAGAAGACAUGUCUUCUGUUUUAUCUAUGAUGCCAUCUAUCUUUGCCUGUCUAUAGCAGACAUUGACAACUUCUAUUUAUUACUUUUACCUUAUUCCCACUCGUGUUUUGUUUUGAUUAUUUUUUGUAGUAAUUGUCUUAACUUCCUGUUUAUUUUUAAUUAUAUUAUAUUCUGUAAUGCGAUUUACAUAUUUUGUUUACACUUUGUUAUUAUUAAAUCCAUCUAAUUGGUUUAUUUUUUUGUCACGUGAUGCUUUCAUACCCUUAGUAUAAAAGCCCGUGCAUUUUCCCCGAUCCCUGCUACUAACUCUUGACGAAGGGCCUUCGCUCGAAACGUCGAGUUUCUGCUUAUUUUUUAAGGUAGUAAUAUAACCACUCAGCACAGCAUUUUCACAUUGGUACUACCCACACUGGUGCAGACGGUUUUGGUAUAAAGAGUCAGUCUGUCAUAUUAGACACUGAUAUUUGACCUGUCAAAAUAAAUAUUUUGGCCAGUUAAUAUAUAACAUUUUCUUGCAAAAUGACAUGUCUGUAAUUCAAUGUAUUGAAUGCAAAAGCUUGAAUAAUGUUAACAAAAAAUUUCAUGGCAGACAUUUAUUAUAUGUCCAGUGUGAUUAUUUCAUUUGCAGAUCCAAAAAGUAAGGUUCUGGCUACUGGUACUGUUCCUACAGAGAAUAUACCAACCCGAAGUCAUGAGGGGGGAGACUAAAAAGCGGUGUUUUGGUGAAACAUACAUUUCCAGACCAACCCAGCACAUCUACUGGUGUUACCUCCUCAACCUCCACUAUAAAUGCCCUGUUAAACCAGCUUCGAAAAAGUGAUGUUGUCAGUUGUUGGAAAGUACUUGAUGAUACCAGUAGUGGAUUCAAGAUGGAACUAUAUGAUGACUGUCAUUCGAUGCCAAAAUAUAAGAUGAUUUGUGAUUCUGGUUUGACGUUUACCCUCUUUACCUACCACUGGCCUAUCCCUGAUGAUCACACAUUGUAUCGAGAAUAUAAUCGAUCUGUUCAAGCUGAGAACAUAAAUAAACUUUUACGUUCAAUUGAAUCUUCACAAUUGUGUGAAGGAUUGCCCCACAUCCCAGAUGUAAAAGAUAUUGCUAUUGACCCAACUAGUAAUGACAGAGUCUCAGGAACAAUUCUUCGCUAUUCAGUACCCAAAAAACUGGCCAAUAAUGAGGCAGUGUAUGAAGUCUCUGUUUCUUUCAGAUCAGUUGAUUGUACUGUUUUAAAGGAAUCCCAAGAUCACCAGGAUAACCGAUUCAUUGAAGGCAAUUACUAAAGCAAGUAAGCAAAAAUCAAGAUCAUCUUCUGUACCGGCCAAAGCCAAAGCACCAUUGUCAGCUUGUGGACAUGAAAAACUUUGUGCUACUGUCAAGGCUACACGACUACAGAAUAAACAGCUAGAGGACAGGCUAGAAAUUCUGCAGGCAAAGAUCGAAAAAGAUGGUAUUGGAGUCAGUGCAUCAUUCGAGACUGAUUUACUAAAAAUUAUGGGAGGACAGAAUCUCGAAGCGACACCUCACAUGAAAUUCUUCUGGGAGCAGCAAAUGGCUUUGAUGCAGUCAAAGAAAAUGGGAAGAAGAUACCAUAUCCAAGUGAUUAGAUUUGCCUUGUCUAUCCAUGGCAAAUCACCAUCCGCUUACAGAGAGCUUCAAGAUAGUGGUGCUCUGAUACUCCCUAGUGAACGAGUGUUGAGGGAUUAUAAGAACUACUUUAAACCUAAAGCUGGGAUCAACAAGGAAAAUGUGGAAUGCCUGAGAGAGAAAAAUUAA